CCGCGGCGUAGAAAAGUCAUCUGGCUACUAGUACCGAGUUGGGUCCCUCACUAAUUACGUAUUGUCCACAUCCGUCUCUUACAAGUGGCAAUUAGGGUCAAGUGAAUAAAAGCGCGUGGACUUACAGUGAGUUAGUAUUUUGUGGAGUGGCCGGCAAGAUGGCUACGACGGUCUUACAGGGAUACCUUCUCAUGAUCCUCAUCAAAACGUCUCUGCAAGGAGGUGUUCCUGGAGCAGCUGGAGUUCAAGGAGUACUAGGACGCCUCUUUCUUCCAAGUUCAUAUUUUCGCAGCACUGGGGUGCAGGCUCUUGGACCUGGAAUUCUACAGCAACAAAUAGCUGCUGCAUCGAAAGCAGCCAAAUUUGCGGGAAGAGGAUUACCUGGUUCCAUUCCAGGGGCAGCAUACCCUUACAAGGCUGGACCUGGAGCUGGAAUUUUAGGUGCGGGAGUUCCAGGUGCGGGAGUUCCAGGUGCGGGAGUUCCAGGUGUUGGAGUUCCAGGUGCAGUUGUGCCAGGGUUAUAUCCAGGUGCAAGAACUCAUGGACUGGGUGUGCUUCCUGGUGUACCAACUGGGACUGGUUUGAAAGCUAAACCAGGUGUUGGUGGCCAGUAUGGAUACCCAGCAGGUUAUGGUGGCUUUGGAGUAGGAGUACCUGUUGGUUAUCCUGUGCUCUCUCCUAAACUACCAGGUGGCUAUGGAAUUCCAUACAGUGCUGGUGGAUAUGCAGCAGCCAAAGCUGCUAAAUACGCAGGAGGUGUACCAGGCCAGAUUCCAGGAGGUGUACCAGGCCAGGUUCCAGGGGGCAUUUCAGGUGGACUCGCAGCAGCUAAAGCUGCUAAAUUUAGAGGGGGUGUACCAGGCCAGGUUCCAGGGGGUGUACCAGGCCAGUUUCCAGGGGGUGUACCAGGCCAGGUUCCGGGAGGCAUACCAGGCCAGGUUCCAGGAGGCAUUUCAGGUGGAUAUGCAGCCGCUAAAGCUGCUAAAUUUGGAGUAGGUGUACCAGGCCAGAUUCCAGGAGGUGUACCAGGCCAGGUUCCAGGAGGUGUACCAGGCCAGAUUCCAGGAGGCAUUUCAGAUGGAAUUGCAGCAGCAGCUAAAGCUGCUAAAUAUGGAGGAGGCGUACCAGGUCAAGUUCCAAUCGGUGGACGUGGAACCAUUCCAGGAGAUGGAUAUGCAGCUGCUAAAGCUGCUAAAUAUGGAGGUGGUGUACCAGGACUAGGUCCAGGGGGUAGAGUUGGUCCAGGAGGCUUUCCAUGGCGAGGAGCAGGAGCUCUGCCAUGGCGUGCACCUGGUGGCUUUGUCGGAGCUGUUCCAGGAGGGGUUCCAGGUGGAUAUGCAUCAGCGAAAGCUGCUAAAUACGGAGGAGCAAUUCCAGGAGCUGUUCCAGGAGCUAUAGCAGGUGGUCCAGGAGCUGUACCUGGAGCACAGCCAGGUGUUGUACCUGGUGCAGCUGCUGCAGCUAAAGCUGCAAAAUACGGAGGUGCUCCAGGAGCUGUAACAGGUGCUGAAGGAGCUGUUCAACCUGGAGUUCAGGGAGGUGUUGGAGUAGGUGUUCAGCCAGGCGCUGGAGUUGGUGUGCAGCCAGGCGCUGGAGGUGUCCAACCUGGCCUUGGAGUUGGUGGAGCUGCUGCAUCUAAAGCUGCCAAAUAUGGAGGUCUUGGAGUGGGUGUGCAGCCUGGCGUUGGAGUGGGUGUGCAGCCUGGCGUCGGAGUGGGUGUGCAGCCUGGCGCCGGAAUGGGUGUGCAGCCUGGCGCCGGAGUAGGUGUGCAACCUGGCGUCGGAGUAGGUGUGCAGCCUGGCGUCGGAGUAGGUGUGCAGCCUGGCGUCGGAGUGGGUGGAGCUGCUGCAUCUAAAGCUGCUAAAUAUCAACGCCUUGGAGUGGGUGUGCAGCCUGGUGUUGGAGUAGGUGUACAGGUGGGCCCUGGAGUAGGAGUCCAGCCUGGCACCGGAAUUGGCCAGCCUGGCAUCGGAGUGGGUGGAGUUGCUGCAUCUAAAGCUGCUAAAUAUGGAGUAGGUCUUGGACUAGGGGUCCAGCCUGGCGUCGGAGUAGGGGUCCAGCCUGGCAUCGGAGUAGGGGCCCAGCCUGGCAUCGGAGUAGGGGCCCAGCCUGGCGUCGGAGUGGGUGGACUUGCUGCAGCUAAAGUUGCUAAAUAUAGAGGCCUUGGAUUGGGUGUGCAACCUGGCGCAGGAGUAGGAGUAGGAGUCCAACCUGGAACAGGAGUAGGUGGUCUGCCUGGCAUCGGAGUGGGUGCUACAGGCAAAGCUGCCAAAUAUAGAGGUGUUGGUGUGGGUGUGCAGCCUGGCGUUGGAGUAGGUGUGCAGCCUGGUGUUGGAGUAGGUGUGCAGCCAGGUGCUGGUGUGGGUGUGCAACCUGGCGUCGGAAUAGGCGUACAACCUGGCAUCGGAGUGGGUGUUAAUGGAGUUCGACCCAGCAGUGCUCCACUGACUCCUGAACCAGGUGGAGUGCAACCAGGCCUUGGAGCUAAAGCUGCCAAGCUAGGGCAAGGAGGCUAUGGUGGAUACCUACCCUACUAUCAACCUGGAAUUGGAAUUGGAUACAGAGCUGGAACUGGACAGCUAGGAGGCCUACAGACUGCAGGUAAACCUCCUAAACAGUAUGGGGCACUGAGCCAGUUUGGGUAUCCUUAUGGGAGAGGAUCCCCUUGUGCAAUGGGAAAAUAUUGUGGCCGAAGGAGAAAAUAAAUAAAUAAUUGGAAAAGAAGUGACCUCAAGAAUUCUGGUGCUACUGCAUGAUUCGGAAUGUAAAGGAUGGUGUGGAAUGGAACGCCCCUCACCACCACCCCCCACCUUUCUUCAUUUCAUCUAUGAAAAAAUUUGGCUGCAUACAUUAUCAGUAUCUAAUGGACUUUGUUAUCAAAGAAGCUGUGCUAUACACUGUGUGCUUCAAGCAUUUAGGGACCAGCUUACAACUGAGUCCUUUGCUGUUAAUCUCAUUCAUAGUAAACACCAUCCUUGACUUGAUUUGUUUGUUUUGUGACUCUAACUCCAGUAUUUUUAAGUUAUAAAAUUGUGUUAUUAAUUUUUAGUGGCUUGUGCUUUGCUUUACAAACUGUACUGUGAGUGAUACCUGAAUUGUACAGCUGGGCCGUAGCUCCAACCCCUGCCAUAAUUUUGGUGCUGAUGAAAAUCUAUUUUUGAGAGUGGCAGCUGUAUUCAUACAAAUGAUGGCUCAACCCUAAUGAGUGGGGCCUGAAGUGACCAAUGCAACGUUUGCAUAUUGUUUUUCUAUAUGUUUGUCCACAUGGCUAACAAGAUUUGGACUUGGAGGCCAAAUUAGCUUCCUGGCCAUAAGAUUCCUGGAAAGGUGUGGCUACUUUGGUUUGAUAGGCUUUGAAGUUUAUACAAGCUGAAUGACAUUGGGACAGAUUUUUUCCCUCCUACACUUGAAGCUAAUUAAUUUCUUACACACAAUAAAUUCAGGAAUAUUGGGCCAGUUAUCCUACUUUAUAUUUCUUCCUACAUUAUUUUCCUGUACCCAUUAUCCCUGAAUGGCUCAGACCGUCAGGUUCAGUAUAAGGAAAACCUACUCCCAAGCUAUGAUAACAUUAAUCCUUCAUCAUUGGCAGUGGUGUGGCUAGGAUGUUACUACCUCCAGGAGCAGGGUAAAUAAAUGAACUCGACACAUUUUAACAAUCUGAUUACCUCCACACCAUUAAUUGGUUAUGAUUUUUAUUUGAUUGAAAUAUCCUCUUGGAAUUCUGUCAAAUGAAUUAGUUGGGUUCAAAUUUAUCCAACAGACAUUUUGCUCCUAAAAUGAAUAACUUUCCAACUAAUCCUAGCUCAUCCCCAAUUUAGUAAUAUUGUAAAGCAGUUCAAAAUCCUGCUGUCAAGAAUUGAACCCCUGUCCAUAUUGUAUGCUGUUAUAAAUUCUUACAGCACAACAGUGCAGUCUCAGGCAUCAUCUUCUAAAAUUAAUAAUACAAUAAGAGGAUAUAUUGACAUUAUUGCACAUGAUUAUUAGAUUGUAACUGAAGGGGCUAACUGAAUUGUGAAAAUGCAGAAGGCCACCACAGCCACUCCUUUUCCUUCUGCUUUCUGUGUCCACUUUCUCUAGCGCUAAUUUGUUUUUCUUUGACUGUCUUGUCUGUAAAGUAGAAAUUAUGAUCAGCACUAUUCUUGAAAUAGGUUUAACCGUUAGAUUUUUAACAAAUUCAAUGCCUGGAUCAAAAUAGAUUUGAGAUGAGCACCUUAAGUAUCCUUCAUAGAUGCUGAUCAGAGUUUCUAUUCUUAACAUAACUCAUUAUUUCCAUCAUGCACCUCUUUUGAUAAGUGAUAUGCUAUAGUAUGUAAUACUUUACAUCAGUCUGCGAUAAUAAGUACUGUAGCAGAUCUUGAGCCCCAACAUUGGUGUAUUGCUUCAGGUUUGGUGUAAUGCCCAUUCGCUGUAUCUUCAUAAACUGUGUGAAUGAGAAAAUACUGGAUAGACAACAAUUCAGUAACAGCUUUUAAAAUAAACAGAAUUGUUUAAAUAUA